ACUUCCCCCCCUCCCCAAGGUCCCCUCCCAAAGUAGCGAGAUCGCAAUCCUCUGGAAAGCGAAAGAGAAAGCGUCCAAGAAACCACUAACGCUCCAAAGAGAGAGAGAGAGAGAGAGAGAGAGAGAGGAGGAAGAGGAGAUGGUGGGCUACAGCGAUCCCUGCCCAUGCUGCGGCAAUAAGCGAAGGCGAUCCACCUUGGAUCGCUGGGCCACCUGGCCCCGCCCGAGCUCCGCCGCGCAGCACCCGCGGCCCGCCAAGUUCGCGCGCUCGGCCUCCGACCCGACCCCCUCUGCCGUCGCUGCAGCAGUCAAGGAGAACGACAUCCUCGCCUCCCCUGUGCCCACCGACCUGUCGUCCACGGGGCCGCCCGUUUCCUCCCCGGGGUGCCCGAACCCUUCUCCGACGGCCGCCGGGACGACGGCCUCGGAUCCCUCCCAACCCGCCGAAGCAGAGCCGACGGCGAAGGUGCCCUGUCCCUUUCGAUGCCCUCCUGCGCCCGGCAUCACCGAGAAGAAGGAAGAGGAGGAAGAAGCGGAAGAGGAGAAGAAGAAGAAGAAGAAGAUGGAGGCGGAAAUGACCGGGGCUCGGCGGCGUGAGAGUGAAAAGAAGGAAGAUAAAGAGUGGGAGAUGAAGACCAAAGCUGAGAUUAGGGUGCCCGAAGGAGUCGAAAUCAAGAUCUGCUUCAAGUGCGAGUGCGGCAACUCCGAAGAAGUCAUCCUGCCGUGAGCCCACUUGUUCAUUCGCCACGCACGUUAACGUUUUUGUCUAAAUCAUGAGAGGUAAUCAGUAAGAUGCGUGGCAUACAAAUAUACAAUGAAAGAGUUCUAAGGUGUUGUGCGUGUGCGUGUCUCUGGGAGCCAAACCCAGAUUGCUCGUAUGUUGACUGUGAAAAGAGAGAGGGAAAUCGAACAGGGGAUCAACAAAAGACUCUCUAGAAAGCUUGAUAAAAAAUGGAAGCGAAGCAUCGUUGUUAGGCCACCGCCAUCCCUGAGG